AUGAGUUUACAGUCAGCCUUGGAACGGUUAGCUACGUACCGUGCCAAUAACACGCGUACUUCGCAAGAUAUAUUCCGCAAUGGACUUCUAGUGCUUCAAAAAGGCAGUUUCAAAAAGUUGGGAGACGAUGGCAAGCCAUUUCGCUGGACAUCCUUAGAACAAUUGGCAUUGGCCUCAGUAGAUGUCGGACGACUCGACAUAGCAGACCAAUGCCUCCAGCUCAUUGCCGACAAAUUCCCCAACUCCCCACGCGUCGACUGUCUCGUAGGUAUCCGAAUGGAAGCCACAGAGCCUCCAGAAACAGCCCUUAAAUACUACGCUGAUAUACUUGAAGCCGACUCUGCCAAUGUCGCGAUUUGGAAGCGGCGAAUAUCGGUCCUGAGGAGAACAGGAAAGGUCGAAAAGGCUGUGAAUGAACUCCUGCAAUUACUGGACACGUUCUAUACGGACGUCGAAGGGUGGCUAGAACUCGCAGAUAUUUAUGCCUCGUGUAACCAAUAUGAUCACUCCUUCCAGGCGCUCUCACAUGUUCUGCUCCUAACACCCCAGAACCCCUUCUACGUUCUCCAAGCCGCUGAAACAGCCUACACCUCUGAAGACUUUUUCCUCGCCAUCAAGAUGUUCCUCACUGUCGUCGACAUGACCGACGCUGAUGAUUCAGAACAGCUUUUACAAGAAUCCACGCCUCUCGGGAUCACUGUGCGAGCGUGGUUUGGCGUGAAACUCUGUGCUCGUCGGAUAGCACAAAAUGCGAACAUGAAGUCUUUGUCGAAUACUAGUGCACCGAAGAACCUGGAGUUACUAGAUGAGCUAGCCACGGAGCGUCUUCGAGUUGCGUACUCAAGUUCGGGUCAGAAGGGUGAGAUUGCGAAAGGGAGACAGGAGGUUUUCGCUUGGGUCGCGACUCCCCUUGCAUAGGCAUGAAGUUUAUCUAUUUUUUCUUCUUGAGCUACGUCCAGUCCGAUCUCGUUUGCAUUAUUGAUGUUCACUUAGAUGUGAUCAAGGAAAGGGAUAGUCAUCAAUGUACUAGACGAACGCUGGAGGUAACUACUAUGACGAGACUGAACGAGAGGUUUUGGGCGAG